AUUCACAGGGCAAUGCCGUCUUGCCGGGUAUGAAAUAUUGAAAUACGAGAGAGUCGAAACCCCAAAAACACAUAUGCUUGGUGCAAACAGCAACUUGUGUUUGAAUUCUUACUUGUCUGCAACUGCAACUCAUCAAGCGCGCGACAAGUGCCGAGUGAGGGUCAGAGCGACCACCCGAAUCGAGAUGGAGAUCGGUGGAUUAGAUAGCAACGGCCGGGAAUUCAAGAGCGCCGAUGAGAUGUGGCGAGAAGAAGUUGGCGAUUCACAAAAGAAGCUCGAUUGGUAUCGCAAUGGUGUUGGCUACUGGCAAGGUGUGGAUGCAUCAGUCGAUGGAGUUCUGGGUGGAUAUGCACAUGUGAAUGAGCCUGAUAUCAAAGCCAGUGAGGCUUUUCUCAAUACCCUUUUGACUGAACUUGUUCCUAAUGGCGGAAGAAACCAGCAUCUUGUAGCUCUUGAUUGUGGUUCUGGAAUUGGAAGGGUGACUAAGAAUCUUCUCAUAAGAUACUUUAAUGAGGUUGACCUUCUUGAACCCGUGUCACAUUUCUUGGAGGCUGCUCGUGAAAAUUUGGCUCCUGAAAAUCUAUCAGUCUCAGAGGAGCACAAAGCUUCCAACUUUUACUGUACUCCACUACAGGAAUUCACUCCAGAUACACAAAGGUAUGAUGUGAUAUGGGUCCAAUGGUGCAUUGGGCAUCUUGCUGAUGAUGACUUUGUGUCAUUCUUCAAGAGAGCAAAGGCUGGCCUUAAACCUGGUGGAUUUUUUGUUUUGAAAGAAAACCUUGCAAAAUCAGGAUUUGUGUUGGAUAAUGAAGAUAAGAGUAUUACAAGGUCAGAUGUAUACUUCAAGGAACUCUUUACUCAGUGUGGCCUCAAUAUCUACAAGUUAAAGGAUCAGAAGGGAUUUCCAGACGAGUUAUUUGCUGUGAGGAUGUAUGCAUUGACCACAGACACAUUGAAAAAAGUAGGUGGAUCAAGACCAAAACGAAAAGCAAAUAGACCUGCAAUCAUCAAAUGAAAAAGUUUUAAGGCUUGUUUUAUUGUAUGUAGGAGUAGUGAUUUUGUUAACUUUAAUUUAUUGCUUGAAAAGGUUUCCAUGUUUUUCAAAUCCUUAAUUAUCUUGAGGCCUUUUACUCUAAAUACUGUUACUGGGGGAACUAUAAUUUUUGUGGAUUAUGA